UUUGUAUCUAUACAACACUGGCAGCCAAUUGCACGUGCAGCGCCAAAACAAGUGAUUUUGCGAAUACAUUUAGAAUCAAUUAAAUAAAUAGUUAUGGAUAACGCAAACGAUGAAAUUGAUAUGGAGGUCGUGGAGCCAGAGGAUGCGGAAAGCGACAUGGAGUCCGGAAGCGACAACGAAGAAGACGCUGAUGACGAUGGUGAGACCCCAAAGGAGCCCAAGCAAGUCUAUUUGCCGGGCCAACAGCUGGCCGAAGAUGAGGAGCUGGUGUGCGACGAGAGUGCCUACGUCAUGCUACAUCAGGCUUCCACAGGUGCGCCCUGUCUGAGCUUUGAUAUACUGCCCGAUGAACUGGGCACGGGCCGGGAGACCUUCCCGAUGACCGCCUAUUUGCUGGCCGGAACUCAGGCAGCUCGCACACAUGUCAACAACUUGAUAGUGAUGAAGAUGAGUAAUCUGCACAAGACCCAAGACGACGACGAUGCUGACGAGGAUGAUGAGGAGCUGGAGGAUGACCAGGAUGAGGUGGCCGACAAGAGUGAGCUGAAGAAACCACAAAUGACCUGUGCCCUUAUCAAGCAUCAGGGAUGCGUGAACCGUGUGCGUGCCCGUCGCCUCGGGAAUACGGUUUAUGCAGCCUCCUGGAGUGAAUUGGGACGCGUGAACAUCUGGAAUCUGUCACAGCAGCUGCAGGCUGUCGAGGAUGCCCAGCUGCUCAAGCAGUACGAGCAGCAAAGCGCCAGCAAUGAUUCCACAAUGUCUCGUCCCGCCUUCACGUUUAGUGGCCAUCAGCAGGAGGGAUUCGCCAUUGACUGGAGUGCCAGUGCUGAAGGUGUGCUGGCUACGGGGGAUUGUCGACGUGAUAUACACAUUUGGAGUCCGCUCGAAGACGGCACCUGGAAGGUGGAUCAACGUCCGUUGCUAGGUCACACCGCAUCUGUAGAGGAUUUACAGUGGAGUCCCAACGAACGCAGCGUUCUGGCCUCCUGCUCCGUGGACAAAACCAUUCGCAUUUGGGACUGCCGUGCAGCUCCACAGAAGGCCUGCAUGCUCACCUGCGAGAAUGCGCACGAGAGCGACAUCAAUGUCAUCUCCUGGAACCACACGGAACCCUUCAUCGCCAGCGGCGGUGACGAUGGAUUCCUGCACAUCUGGGACUUGCGUCAGUUUAAGACGCAGAAGCCAAUUGCCACAUUCAAGCAUCAUACGGAUCACAUAACGACUGUCGAAUGGAAUCCCAAUGAGGCAACAGUUCUCGCCUCAGGCGGCGAUGAUGAUCAGAUUGCCUUGUGGGAUUUGGCCGUCGAGAAGGAUGCGGAUCAAGCGCAGGCGCCGGCCCAGAAUGAAGAGGAGCUCAGCAAACUGCCGCCUCAGUUGCUCUUCAUCCAUCAGGGCCAGAAGGAGAUCAAGGAACUGCACUGGCAUCCCCAGCUGCCAGGUGUGAUGCUGUCAACGGCGCACAGCGGAUUUAACAUCUUCCGCACGAUAAGCGUGUGAAUUGUCACGUGAUUUAAACCAGAUAACCCGAUGACCAGAUAACCAGAUAAUUCACUAGCUACUAGACAACAAUAAACAUUAUCAUUUAUAA